AUGUCUUACAGUGUGACGCUGACCGGGCCUGGGCCCUGGGGCUUCCGUCUGCAAGGGGGCAAGGAUUUCAAUAUGCCCCUUACUAUCUCCCGGAUCACCCCAGGAAGUAAGGCGGCCCAGUCCCAGCUCAGCCAAGGAGACCUUGUGGUAGCCAUUGACGGUGUCAACACAGACACUAUGACCCACCUGGAGGCCCAGAACAAGAUCAAGUCUGCCAGCUACAACCUGAGUCUCACUCUGCAAAAGUCAAAGCGUCCCAUCACCAUCUCCACAUCAGCGCCUCCAAUCCAGUCCCCUCUGCCAGUGAUCCCCCACCAGAAGGACCCUGCUGUGGACACGAAUGGCAGCCUGGCGGCGCCCAGCCCCGAGGCGAGGGCCAGCUCGGGCACCCUGGAGCUCAGGGACACCUUUAGCUCCUCCUUCUCCCAGGCCUCUGUCUGCUCCUUGGACUCCAGUCCUCCAGGGGGCAGCCCAGGGGCCAAGGCCAGUCUGGAGGGCACCCAGGGCCCACUCAGCCCCAAAGUCCUGCCAGGUCCGAGCCAACCAAGGCAGUAUAACAACCCCAUUGGCCUGUACUCAGCAGAGACCCUGAGGGAGAUGGCUCAGAUGUAUCAGAUGAGCCUCCGAGGGAAGGCCUCAUGUGCUGGACUCCUAGGCGGUGCUGACUACCAGGAACGUUUCAACCCCAGUGCCUUGAAGGACUCAGCCCUGUCCACCCACAAGCCCAUUGAGGUGAAGGGACUGGGUGGCAAGGCCACCAUCAUCCAUGCGCAGUACAACACACCCAUCAGCAUGUACUCCCAGGAUGCCAUCAUGGAUGCCAUCGCCGGGCAGGCCCAGGCUCAAGGCAGUGACUUCAGUGGGAGCCUUCCUGUGAAGGACCUGGCGGUGGACAGCGCCUCUCCUGUAUACCAGGCUGUGAUCAAGAACCAGAGCAAGCCGGAAGACGAGGCUGAUGAGUGGGCUCGCCGGUCCUCGAACCUGCAGUCUCGCUCCUUCCGUAUCCUGGCCCAGAUGACGGGGACGGAAUUCAUGCAAGACCCGGAUGAAGAAGCUCUGCGCAGGUCAAGGCCAGGCUCUGCCUACAGCUCUUCAGCGGCUGCCUCUCCAGCACCAGCUUCUCAUACAAGCUACAGCGAAGGUCCAGCUGCACCUGCACCCAAGCCCCGGGUUGUCACCACUGCCAGCAUCCGGCCUUCUGUCUACCAGCCAGUGCCUGCAUCUACCUACAGCCCUGCCCCGGGGGCCAAUUACAGUCCAACUCCCUACACCCCUUCCCCUGCCCCUGCCUAUACCCCCUCUCCUGCCCCUGCCUACACCCCUUCCCCUGCCCCUGCCUAUACCCCCUCCCCUGGCCCCACCUACACCCCUUCACCUGCCCCCACCUAUUCUCCCUCCCCUGCACCAGCCUAUACCCCCUCACCUGCUCCAAACUAUAACCCUGCACCCUCAGCGGCCUACAGUGGGGGUCCUGCAGAGUCUGCCAGCCGUCCCCCCUGGGUGACUGAUGACAGCUUCUCUCAGAAGUUUGCCCCCAGCAAGAGCACCACCUCCAUCAGCAAGCAGACCCUGCCCCGGGGAGCUCCAGCCUACACCCAGAUGGGUCCCCAGGUGACCCCCCCUGCCAGAGGGACUGUCCAGAGAGCAGAGCGAUUCCCAGCCAGCAGCCGGACUCCUCUCUGUGGCCACUGCAACAACGUCAUCCGGGGUCCUUUUCUGGUAGCCAUGGGCCGUUCCUGGCACCCAGAGGAGUUCAACUGUGCCUACUGCAAGACCUCCCUGGCAGAUGUGUGCUUUGUGGAAGAGCAGAACAAUGUUUACUGUGAGCGGUGUUAUGAGCAGUUCUUUGCCCCACUCUGUGCCAAGUGCAACACCAAAAUCAUGGGGGAAGUGAUGCAUGCCCUGAGACAGACAUGGCAUACCACCUGCUUCGUCUGUGCAGCCUGCAAGAAGCCUUUUGGGAACAGCCUUUUCCACAUGGAAGAUGGAGAGCCCUACUGUGAGAAAGACUACAUCAAUCUCUUCAGCACCAAGUGCCAUGGUUGCGAUUUCCCGGUAGAGGCUGGUGACAAGUUUAUUGAAGCCCUGGGGCAUACCUGGCAUGACACCUGCUUCAUUUGUGCGGUCUGCCAUGUGAAUCUGGAGGGACAGCCAUUCUACUCUAAGAAGGAUAAACCCCUGUGCAAGAAGCAUGCGCAUGCCAUCAAUGUGUAA